AUGGCCGCGGGUCUUGCAUAUGAUCUGAUCCUUAUCUUUUGGCGUAUCGUCAUCAACAUCUUCUUCAGAGAGAUCAGACCGAGAGGUGCAUUUAACAUUCCAAAGGAAGGUCCAGUCCUCUUCAUCUGCGGUCCACAUGCGAACCAAUUCUUGGAUCCGCUACUCGUAUUCUCAGAGACCAGGAAGGAAUCGGGGAGGAGGGUAUCGAUGUUGACAGCUGCAAAGAGUAUGCAAAGAAAAUUCAUCGGGGCAGUAGCUAGGAUAAUGGAUGGUAUACCCGUUGCAAGAGCAGCAGAUUACGCCAAAGCGGGAAAAGGUCGUAUCGUCCUUUCAGAGACCGAUCCACUCUUGAUCACGGGCAUAAACACAGCAUUCACAUCACAAGUGAAACCAAGAUCUCAAUUGGUUUUGCCCAAAUCAGCAGCAUACGCUUCAGCAACUGUAGAAGAGGUAAUCUCGGAUACGGAAUUACGAUUGAAAGGAGAAUUCGUCAUUCCAAGUAAAGAUGGUAGUGCCAACGUGAAAGCCUCAACGAGGGUUAGAAGCGAAGGUGAAAGCAAAGAGGGAUUGGAGUACAAGGUGUUACCCCAUGUGGAACAGGAUCAAACGUAUGGUGCAUGUUUUCAGAGGUUAAAGGAAGGAGGUUGUAUCGGGGUCUUCCCCGAAGGUGGAUCUCACGAUAGAACAGACUUCUUGCCUCUCAAAGCGGGAUUCUCGAUCAUGGCAUUAGGAGCGAUGGCUCAGUAUCCAGAUUUGGACGUCAAAUUGGUACCAGUCGGAUUGUCCUACUUCCAUCCUCACAAAUUCCGUUCAAGAGCUGUCGUAGAAUUUGGGCCCCCUCAAUCGGUUGAUAGGGAACUGGUCGAACUGUAUAAGCAGGGUGGGGCUAAAAAGAGAGAAGCGUGUGGGAAACUGUUGGAACAAGUACACGAUGGUCUGAGAGCUGUUACAUUGAGAGCGCCGGAUUGGGAGACUAUGCAGGUGAUUCAAGCUGCAAGAAGAUUAUACAGAAUUCCAGGUCAACAUCUUACCCUUGGACAGGUAGUUGAAUUGAGUAAACGAUUUAUGGAAGGAUACUUGGCAUAUAAGGACGAACCGAAGAUCAUCGACUUGAGGCAGAAAGUUUUAGCCUAUAAUAGAUUAUUGAGAGAUAUGGGUUUAGCGGACCAUCAAGUUGAAAGAGCUUCCAGUACAUCCUUGAAGUCUGCUUUACUUCUGGUCUAUAGAACGGGCCUUCUACUUUGGUGGUCCAUGUUGGCUUUGCCUGGUGCGAUCCUGCAUGCGCCAAUCUUUAUCCUGGCCAAAGCCAUUAGUAUCCAAAAAGCCAAAGAGGCCCUCGCCGCAUCAACAGUCAAAAUCCAAGGUCGAGAUGUUUUAGCCACCUGGAAGGUUCUAGUUUCCCUCGCUGUCACUCCUCUGCUCUACAUCUUCUACUGCAUAUUAGCGACUUUCUUGGCUUACAAGUACGACCUGGCACCCGCUUGGAGACACUGGACUCCAGUGGCCAUCUUCGUGCUAUUACCUGGUUGGGCCAUGGCCACGCUCAAAUUCGGUGAAGCUGGUAUGGACGUGUUCAAAUCUCUUCGACCCCUUUUCCUCUCACUUUGGCCAGGAAGUUUGCGGGAAGUCAACAAACUCCGUCAGAUGCGAGAAGCUCUGGCUAAUGAGAUCAGUGAGGUGAUUGACGAAUUCGGUCCCAAGAUGUAUCAAAACUUCCAAUCUGCUCGUAUCCUUCCUUCAGCCACGGUUCCUCAAACAGGUCGAAACCCAGGGAUGUUUGUACGAAAAGCUCAAGCUCCUGAUUCGUCUGUGCUAUCACACCCUAUGUUAUGGUUGGAUGAACGAAUUUUCGGCUGGAACCGAAGUGCAUCAGUUGGUCAGAGUGUUUGGAAUACCACCAAAUUGGAUAAGACCCGAUCUGAACCUUCUACUGCACCCACGAGUCCAGCAGAAUCAGAUAACGAGGAAGAAGCGGAUGUAGAUUACGAUGAUGUAUUGGCGAUUAUUGACACUCGACGUGCUGGACCUGGAUCACCUCGAGGACGUAGAAGAGGAAGGUCAUAUCAUGAUUUGACUCAACUGAAAUCGGAAACCAGCUCGAGUGCCACUUCACCUGUGAUUGACGGUGUGCCCUUGCCGGCGCCGGAUGACGAAGGUUCGAAUAGGUUACACAAACGACCUGGAGCGGGAUUUAAGAAGGAAGAAGAGGGUGAUGGAGUGGGAUUAGGUUUGACUGGAGCAGAGACGAAAGAAGAGAAAGAGAAAGCUCAAUAA